ACUCUCCCGUCGCCACUGACCUGCCCGCCGCCGCCACAGCCGCUCCGCGGGGACAAUCAUUCUCGCCGCUCGCCAGGCCAGGCGGAGGGGCUGCGCUGCAGGGGUUUUGUCCCCCUUUGCCUCUUUUUUUUCCUCCUUUUUUUCUUUUUCUUUCUUUCUUUUCUUUUUUUUUUUUUCCUCUUCUCUUUUUGUUCUUGCCUAUGUUCGGGAAACCAGACAAAAUGGACGUUCGAUGCCACUCGGACGCCGAGGCUGCCCGGGUCUCGAAGAACGCGCACAAGGAGAGCCGGGAGAGCAAGGGUGCGGAGGGGAACCUCCCAGCCGCCUUUCUCAAGGAGCCACAGGGCGCCUUCUCGGCGUCGGGCGCUGCGGAAGAUUGCAACAAAAGUAAAUCCAAUUCCGCAGCCGACCCGGAUUACUGCCGCCGGAUCCUGGUCCGAGAUGCCAAAGGGUCCAUCCGAGAGAUCAUCCUGCCCAAGGGCCUGGACCUGGAUCGGCCCAAGAGGACGCGCACGUCCUUCACCGCGGAGCAGCUCUACCGGCUGGAGAUGGAGUUCCAGCGCUGCCAGUACGUGGUGGGCCGCGAGAGGACCGAGCUCGCCCGGCAGCUCAACCUCUCGGAGACCCAGGUGAAGGUGUGGUUCCAGAACCGGCGCACCAAGCAGAAGAAGGACCAGGGCAAGGACUCGGAGCUGCGUUCGGUGGUGUCGGAGACCGCGGCCACGUGCAGUGUGCUACGGCUGCUGGAGCAGGGCCGUCUGCUGUCGCCACCCGGCCUGCCCGCCCUGCUGCCGCCUUGCGCCACGGGCGCUCUAGGCUCGGCGCUACGCGGGCCCAGCCUGCCCGCCCUGGGAGCCGGCGCCGCUGCGGGCUCGGCCGCCGCCGCUGCCGCCGCCCCGGGCCCAGCGGGCGCCACGUCUCCGCACCCGCCGGCUGUGGGCGGUGCUCCAGGCCCCGGGCCCGCUGGGCCGGGGGGACUGCACGCAGGCGCGCCGACCGCCGGCCACGGCCUCUUCAGCCUGCCGGUGCCCUCGCUGCUCGGCUCCGUCGCCAGCCGCCUGUCCUCCGCCCCGUUGACAAUGGCUGGCUCGCUAGCUGGGAAUUUGCAAGAACUCUCCGCCCGAUACCUGAGCUCCUCGGCCUUCGAGCCUUACUCCCGGACCAACAAUAAAGAAGGGGCCGAGAAAAAAACGCUGGACUGAUUUUAAGUGUUUCCCUGUAUUUAUAUUUAUAGUAUCUAUUGUGGUGAUAUUUAUGGACUCACGCGCGUUAGGUGCCCAGGGCUCCUGUGCUGGGCUCCUGGCUUCCACCAGGCCUUUGACAGCUCUCCUUUCCCAACAGGCUCUGCUGCCAAUUUCAUUUGAGCUAAUUUCUUUUCUACUUUUCCUCCGUAUUCCCCUGUCCCCGCCCUCAAACUUCCUUCUGAAUCCAGGACAGAUCCAAAGAAUUGGGGGAAAUGCCCGAGUUAGCCAACCUGAUGCUCCAACCAAUGCCCAGCCCCGGAGGGAAAAGACUGGUGUUUUUUUUAAAUCUAAAGCACAGGACACCUGCUCUAGAUCGGGCCGCUGCUGAUUAUUCCUAUGAAUAUUUGAAAGAGGAAAGCUGCACGCAGACCCCAGGCGCUGAAAACCUUGCAGAUUUCUUUAGACCAAAAAGGAGGACGUUCCUUCCUCUUGCCUGAGAAACCAGGGCUUGUGGGAGCCCCUGGGCCCCACUUUGCGGACCUCUUGGGAUAGUUGGUGCGCAUACAGCUUCCCGGCGGGACUUAUCCUGCCGAGUUUUCUCCCCUUUAGGGAAACUCCAAUCACAACCACCUCCAACCCCAGGGGACAAUAAAUCAAACAUCAUGGUAGGUAACGGUGGUAAUAAAUUUGAUCUAAUCAGCAAUAAGAGUAAUUACUACAUAAAACCAGAUGAAGUGGAACCAGUUUAUUUAAAUACUCAUAAUGAUGGAGUUUGGAAGGUGUAAGAAAAUUCAGGAUAGAGAAUACGCCACAGGCCAACGCAAAAUUCAAGUUCUGGGUAUUGUGACU